CACGGCUACAUACACCAUUAAGUGUUUAUUUCAAAUGCUUUCACGACUGGCCGCUUACUUCCGGAUAAGAUGACGCGACCCCAUAUCACAUAAAACUUUUCCAUUUACUUCGAACCUCUUUAUUCCACUACUGAAUAAUCAUAACCCAUUACUUGGCCAUGAGUGAUGCACCUAAUUAUGAUUCUUGUGCUACUGACAAUGUAAUUAUCAACAUAGCGGAUCAAGAAGAUCAUACUUUGAAUACAACAAAUGAAGAUAGGACGACAGCGACAGUUCCUUCUGACUCUAGCAACGGCCCCUCACUGCGCGAUGAGGGGCCCCCAUAUGCAGGGAGCGACAACAACAACGAGCUGACCAACGGCACGAUACGUGGUUCAUCUUCUUCUACGGGUGGCAGUGCAGCAAACAAGGCGAAGGGUCCAGAUAUCGCACCAGCAGGUGACGGCACAAACUCCCCAAGUCGUGCUUCUAGUACUACACCUUCUGCGCGAGGAACAGGAAAUAGUUCAGGAUCAGAAGCUGUGAAACAAGAACAGCAGACCGGUCCUCCCAUUCGCAAAAGUAAACUAACACUCAAUCCCAAGAAUCCUCGUCGUGAAACAGAACUACAACUACAAUUAAGGCUUCUGCUCCUAUUCCAUUUCCGGAAGCAUCUUGGAGACGUUUUCAAGGGGAAAAUGGAUUCAGGAUGCGUCUCAGGGUGGAUAAGGGUGAGCUCCAAUACAACUCCAAACAGCACCGUCCCCUUCUCACCGUACUUGCGUAGAUACCAAGCUCUGUCGCGCCAUCCAGAGAGGCCUCGACCUUUUCUAUCAACGUUUGUUAGCACCGAUAUUUCGGUCUGUGCUGUGCUCGUCCUGCGUGUCUCGCACUCCUUGUCUUGCUGAUAAGGUGGAUCGUUGGGAACAAGGUGGAAGAGUCCGAGUACUCGUUAAAAAAGACGGAAACAAGAUGAACAACAUUAAGGUUUGGACGUCGUUGACCUCUCUAUGUUCUUGAGCAUAUAAUCUGCGGCCUCUUAAGGGAGGAAGGGGAUAGAUAUGCGAGAUAGUAGAUCCGCCAACUCCCAACCUCUAACAACACAGGUGGAGAAACCCCGCUGCCCGCAGAGGGUGGUCUCUUGCCUUUUCGAGUGCGGAUACAGAACAACUCGCGUUACACUUUUCAGUGGGAUGGAGAGUAUUUCAAAAAUGGGAAACUAAUUCAUCCUGUAGUCGGAGGAACAGGCGGUUUUACUGGUGGUACAACUCCAACUAGUACGACAAUAGGACGAGGUUUGCCACCUCCUGCUCCGGCAACUACAACCUGUAAUACAGGCAUCACACCAAAUAAUACUAGCGUAACACUUUCAGCUCCAACAGCGUCUUCAGCCUCAUCUUCGAAGAAAACAUCUAUGGACCCUAGUACUGGAAAAGUGUCUACUAGUUCUUCAUCUGGAGGGGAAGAGAAAAAGCCAGUAGAAGAUACUGAUCAACUGAUAGCGAUUCAAAACCCUCUAUCCAUGAAGCAUGAAGCGGUAGUAGUACCAGGUCAUGGGGCAACCACAGACCUCGUUUUUUCGACUCGCAACUGUGCCGGCAUAAUUUGGCUUGUGGCGUUGUUGCCUGAUGAAGAUGUGGGGAGCGGGAGUCCUAAAUCGCCCACAGGAAGCCAAAGCCCUCCGAGUUACGGGAAAAUGAACUAUCACUCUUUUUAGAUGGAUCUUCUUUGAUGCUGGAAUCUCGUUUUUAUCUAUAAUAUCUUGACCUUUACUUCUAGAUGAAAGUAUCAUUAUGUACCUCCUCCUACGAAGAAGUAGUUCUCGUAAUGCCCACUGAUUGUGAUGCCUCUGCCUCUAAUAACCCAGACCCACAUCCCCAACGAGCGCAGCCAAAGCGCAAGUCAAAAAAUUCAAGGCUGUGUACUUAUCACUCGCUUUUUGCGCGAGCCGCUACUCCCAAGUCUGGCUCGGCCGCGUCCCCUACGAGCUUUUACGGGAAAUCGACACUCUGAAAAAGGUCAAUGACGCUGUCAAUUAAGGGUAGGUUAAAGGUGCUUUUCUUACCGCUUUUUAUGCCUCUCCUAAGGGAGAAAGGCAUAACAAGCGGGGUAAGCGAGCACCAAAAACCUACCUCUAAGUCAAGUAUCUCACUCCAGACGGUUGUGGUUCGUUUGAACUCGCGGAUAACGGCAGGUCUCUCUAUUUGUCCAUCUACGACUUUGACGGAGUCGCAGCAAUCUCUUCCGUCCCAGAAACGAGCGCAACCGCCAAUCUUUUUUCGAUACCGGAGAAGAAUCCGAGUCCUCCUCGGAAUGGCGUAAACUGGGGUCCUGGGUUUGACGCUGAAGAGAGGAAAUCGCUGGGAAACAUUUCUGCUGGAUCUUCAACAAAUGCUAGUUGUACCGGAGAUGGUACAUCAAUGGCUGUAACAGGUACAGGAGGUCGUACAUCAACUGAUAGAAGAAGUGGUCUUGUUGCAGGCGGAGCAGGAGCAGGUCCAACUCCUGAUUCCUCCACAGCUGGUCCUCCUAAGGUUGUAAGCAAGCAAAUGCGCAUCACGAAGCUCAACAACGGCUCUUCCACCUCUACUUUCGUUAUGGAACAGGAGGAAGGUGGAACUACAGCAUCGGGAACCUCUACUUUCGUUAUGGCGCAGCAUCAGAUCCCUUUACAACUCCUGUCGAUGGAUGGAGUGGAGUAUCUAGGACUUUCUGCUGACAUACCACUCGCGAGAGCAGACGGAAACCUUGUCAGGGCAGAGGAAGUUUCAAGUGCAGAAGUAGUAGAUCCAACUGCAACUGGAGGACAACGCAGUGGUCUCGUGAUAACAGUAGCUCUGCAGGAUCUCGAUGGGACAGGUCCGGCAGAAGAAAAAGCGCUCGCCUUGCGUGCAGAGAGGGAAGAAAGCGAGCGACAGGUGAGUGAUUUCUUAGCCAAAACACGACCUAAAGAUACCUGGAGUGGUCUAAAAUCCGGGGUGUCUGCGAUAGUAGGGUCAGUAGCUGGCGGAGUCAUGGUUUUAGGUGCGGCUACGGUAACUGGAGUCAGGGAUGCGAAGCCAGGUGUAGCGAACAAGACAUUGGGAUUGGUCAAAGGUCUUGGAGUGGGGAUUGUCGCGGGAGCUGGUAUUUGGAUUUCUUGGUAGGCUGGUCAUGGUGAGCUCCUGGUAUUUGGAUUUCUUGGUAGGCUGGUCAUGGUGAGCUGGUAUUUGGAUUUCUUGGUAGGCUGGUCAUGGUGAGCUGGUAUUUGGAUUUCUUGGUAGGCUGGUCAUGGUGAGCUGGUAUUUGGAUUUCUUGGUAGACGGGUCUUGUAGCUCAACUCCUUCAUCCUGCUGCACUCUCAAGAAAUCGUUGUAUGUGUAACACGUCUUUUGGAUAAUUAGUCUCACGACAACUUUUUAAUUUUAGUUUCUUUCGUCCACAAGAACUCUAGUACCUACCGCUACCCCACCACAGCCAUGCCCGUUGGCGGCGUCGUGGGCGGUGUAGCUCAGAUUGUCAGAGGCGUGCGCGCAGAGGCACGUGGGUUUCAGGCUAGGCGCGAGAACAAGGUGUGGGAUCCGGAAACUGGCUCUUGGGUGCAUGUGAGGUUGGAUAUCAUGGAAAAGAAUGUAGCAGAGAUGGCGGCCAUCGAGAACGGAGGAUCAUCUAGUUCCUCUUCUAAAGGAGCGAAAGGAACUGGUGC